AGAUGAGAAAAAUAAAUGGAAAAAUUCCCAUUCUCAUCGUGGAUGAAGGCACGGCCCAUACACAUUUUCAAGACCCAGCCCAUUUUUCUUUCUCUGCUUCUACACACUCUCUCUCUCUCCUUGCUCUCGACGACGGUCUCUGGUCUGCAAUGGCCACUCCUCCUGCCGCUGCAGCCGUUGGGUUGACGUUCAGGUGAAGUAACAGAGGUGAAAGUAUCUUCUCAUGGUUCGGUAGUUCUCUAGAUUUUCUUCCCUAAUCAGCCUGUGGAUUCUUUUGCCAUUGUUGCCGCCAUAGUUUCACCCCGCAAGGCCGAAUUGUUCUGCGGAGAAACCCUAAUUCUCUGCUAAGUUAAGGUUGUCUGGGUAUCUCCGGCUGCUUACAAUGUUGCAGCAUCAAAUUGCUCAAUCGCCGGCGAGGCUCGGCCUCACGAACCCUAAUUCCCCGUCCCUUCAGAGUCCCCCUCCUCCUCAGCCGCCCCCCAAAUUCUCAUCCGCCACUCAACAGAAUCAGCUCCAACAGCACCCUAACCUCGCUACUACCCCCGCCACCUCCUCGGCCCUCCUCUCCCUCCUCCCACCUCUCCAGAGGGCCCAGUCCCUCCUCCUCCAGAUGGCCUCCCUCGCCUCGAGGCUCUUCGAGGUCUCCCCAAACCGCUCGCUCUGGCUCACAUCGUUCCGCGGCACCCUCCCGACCUUCUUGCCCUCCCAGUCGCAGUCCGCCGUGGCGCAGGCCCCGUCCGAUCAGUCCCCUUCCUCCCCAAAGGAAGUUCUCUCCCUCUUCACAUCCCUCCAGACCCAGCUCUUCGAGGCCGUGGCCGAGCUCCAGGAGAUCCUCGACCUCCAGGACGUGAAGCAGAAAGUUGCCCGGGAGAUCAGGUCGAAGGAUGCCGCAUUGCUCGCCUUCGCCCACAAGCUUAAAGAGGCUGAGCGGGUCCUCGAUGUCCUAGUCGAUGAUUACUCCGAUUACCGCCGGCCCAAGAUGUCGAAGUUGAAGGAUUCCGAGGAAGACGAAUCUUCCUGCACAACCGUGGCUUCUCAGCUGAAUCUAUCGGAUAUUAUAUCUUAUGCCCACCGGAUUAGCUACACAACCUUCGCUCCACCUGAGUUCGGGGCAGGGCAGGCUCCUCUCCGCGGGGCCCUCCCUCCGGCUCCACAGGAGGAGCAGCUGCGAGCCUCUCAGCUUUACAAUUUUGCCGACCUUGAUAUCGGUUUGCCCAAAACAGUUGAAACCAAGGAGAAGACAGUCGAGCCGAUCAUCGAGCCAGCUCUUGUGCCUGAUGCAAACAACCCUCUUGCAAACUUGGCAGCUAUCCAAGGCCUGCUUCCUCCAAAUAUUACAGUCCCCUCGGGCUGGAAGCCCGGGAUGCCGGUGGAGCUCCCAACAGAUCUGCCCGUGCCCCCACCUGGAUGGAAACCCGGAGACCCGGUCCCGCUUCCUCCCUUGGACUCCCUUGCUGUGCCUAGAGCUGAGGAGACGCAAUUACGACCAGUUGCUCCUCCAGGGCCGCGUAGGGAACCUGAGGUUAUACAGGUCCGGCACGUCGACCUGGAACUGCCCGAUAAUUUCGAUGACAGCAGCGACUACAGUAGUGAUGAGGGGAGCUCCGAAGAGGACGAUUGAGACUGACAACUCUGGAGUCCGUCUUGUUCGUGUCGGAAAUCACUCCGUGCCGAUACUUCCCGGAAAAUUAUCAUUGAAGCUUUGUUUGGGAUUGACGGGCCCCACGAUGUUCGCUCAAAAGAAGAGAUUUUGGGUGGGAGAGAAGGAUUUGUGCGUCUAAAUGGGCUGCCAAGAAUUCUUCUCCAGGUGCUUGCUCCCCUCCGCAGGACACGGGCAGCGUUAAAAGAUCCCCCAAAGUGAUCAUCAUCGCUAAUGUGACGUCUCAAGAACAUCUAGACAGAGAAAAAUGAGGUCUUUACAGUCAUUGCCAUGUCUGCGAUUAUGCUUACAAAAAGGUCCGUUCAGAGUAGACUCGAUGACGCGAACUUUCCAUUUCCUUUGCUCGUAUGUCCGUCGUCGUAUGAAACCGAUGGUAUAUUAUUUCUUAGGAA